AUGGGCAGCAAGAGGAGAGGUGCCAGGAGCCGGCCGGGCAGGGACGGCCCGGCCCCCACGCAGUGUGUCCAGGCCGAGUGCUUUGACCCUCUGGUGCGAAACUGCGUAGCCUGCAAGCUCUUCCGGACGCCAGAACCCAGACCGGCUGGGGCCAGCAGCCUGGCGCCGGGGACGGCGCUGCAGCCGCAGGAGUCGGUGGGCCCCGGGGCCGCCGCCGAGGCCGAAGCCGCGCUGCCGCUGCCCGCGCUGCUCUUCGGCGCCCCCGCGCUGCUGGGCCUGGCGCUGGCCCUGGUCCUGGUGGGCCUGCUGAGCUGGAGGUGGCGGCGGCGGCGGCGGCGGCCGCACGCGGCGGCCCCCCCGGGGGCCCUGGCCCCGCACCCGCACGAGGCCCUGGACAAUGUCAUCAUCCUCCCCCCGGGACCCCUUGAUGCCACCACUCCCGUCUGGCCUCCAACAAGAGAAGACCCAGCCAACACCCCACCUGCCCACAGCGUCCCCGUGCCAGCCACAGAGCUGGGCUCCACCGAGCUGGUGACCACCAAGACAGCCGGCCCUGAGCAACAGUAGCCACGGAGGGGGCAGGAGGUGGCCCCUGUGCUCCCUGUGGGCUGUCAGCCAGGGGCUUGGAGGUUGGAUUCGGCUCUUCACCCCAGUGCCCACCUGCCCCUUUUCUGGGAACCACGCUGCUCCCCAGCUAACCCCGCAGAACCACAGACUGCAGACCACAGGGCUCAGACGGCAGGCAUGGCGUCCUAUGGCAUGUUAGCCUUUGGCUUAAAACCAGACGAUCUUUGGCAGCCCUCGAAGGUUGUGGCUGAGCUCCUGUGCUCCCACGUAGGAGGUUUUUCUUUAAGUGCCAGGAAGCCACCAUCAACCAGAAUGAAUCUAGGAAAAGGAUCAA